GACAUGGGCGGUCCUUACUGCGUGUACCCUGGGAGGCUCACACUCAGGACAGCAGCACUGGUGAGCUUUGUUGUGCUGCUGUGGAUGGUCGUGGACGAGGCUCCCGGCAGUGUCGGGAAGGUCAAUAUAUUUAGUGUUGCUGAGAAGGAAGCGUCAACACCACUUGUGGCAGGUGACCACAGACGGUCAACCCCGGCCAUGGAAACUUUCCUAAGUGACGUACAAGAACACACCAAGACGCCAAAUGACGGGAAGACAGCAAUAGAUGGUGAGUCUGCGGAGCUCCAACAGGAGUUCCACCAGCGCCACGCCCACCUCCUCCGCGAGUGUCAGCGGCUGAACAUCACCAAGUCGUCCUUCCCACCAUCGUAUUGGCGCAGGGGAAAUGAAGUUAACGUACCAGAACACCUGCGUAUGUGUGUACCAAAUAAGGUUGGGUCAUCAUCUUGGAAGAAAAAUGUAAAGCCGAAAGUUGAAAACAUUGUUCCUGGCGGCCAACGUAACGUGGAGGCAAUCAUAGUGAGACAUCCUCUAUCCCGCCUCACCUCAGCUUACAGAGACAAAUACCUGAGCGGCGAACCCAUCAGUAACUACGAUGACGAGUGGAGGAGCACCACUCAGAGCGGCGAGACGUGGAGCCAACGCUGGUUCUCGUACUGGCUACCAGCUCUCAUUUCCAAAGGCGUCAUACAACCAACGGAAAAAUUCACAAAGAUGCUAGACUUGAGCGUGGAUGCCUAUAAUUUCUUGGUAAGAAAAAUUGACAUUAGUUCACCGGAUGACUUACAGAUUUCAGUUGCAACUGAAUUAUAUGGAGAUAUUAUACUACAAACGGGAUUGGGCAUGAUAUACAACGGUAGAUUUGUUGCGUUACUACAGGCAUCGGUGUAUGGUUUCAACAACAGGGACAAACUAAUGGAACAAUUUGGCAAUGCUUCCUUUACCUUCCAAGACUUUUUGCGCCAUGUGGUAUGGACUCACAAUCUGGGUAUGAUGGAUCGUCACUGGAUGACCUUUACGGAGGAUUGCGAACCCUGCAGGAGGAAGUAUCAGUACAUCUUACGACUGGAGAACAUUGCUCCAGAGUUCAACUACCUCCUGCAGCAGGUGCUAGGCUACCCGGAUACCAUCCCUUUCUCUCUCACCCACCGCUCUAAACAUCACGCCAACAAGUCUGAUCUCCACUUCUAUAACGAUGUACCUAAGGAUAUAAUGAACACGGUAUUGAACAUAUAUAAACAUGACAUUCAGCUAUUCAGUUAUAAUGAAAAAAUAGUUUAGAUGAAUCUUGCUAACAUUAAAUAAUUAUAUAAUGUAUUUCUGGAUUUUUCGUAUAGUGGAAUGGCAUUGCCCAAAAUACCAUGACAAUUGUGCAUUUUGUGAUAAAAACACCAACUUUGGUAAAAUAGUGAAAUAAUACAAUAUGACUAGACCUGGAUAUUGGAACAUCACAUAUUACUGCUUGAGAGUUGUGGACGCCAGCAGCUGUUUGUUUACAGACCCGGUGACGUCAGACGGACUACAAGACAGAACAUUUGUUUGUGUAAACUGUGGGAGUCUUAAGAGGUCUAAGAGACAGUAAUGAACUGCUCCUGAGAACUACAUUUGAUUAAUUAGGCUGGGCUUUGUAAACGACAGCCACUUGAUGAUGUUGGUAGCCACUGUACAGCCCUCAAAAAUAAAAGUAGCAUCAGCCAUAUUCGAGGCUUCCCGAGCACUGUUACUCGACGUGAACGGUAGAUAGUUCUACAUCCGACAACUCUGAACACGAUUGAGUAUAUACGUUUUUGAACAUUGUGAAUCCUCCGAGGCUUCUGAUCAUAUAUAACAUGAAUGGGAGUGGUUAUCGUACAUGCCACCAACACCAUGCCAGUCAUCAACAGGAUCUUAUAGUAAGUGGAGCGAGGAAUUAUCGGGGAGACAGCAAGAUGUGAGUGGUGCUAUUGUUGUCCUUCACAACGAGGGUAUGUAGUGGAUUUCUCCCCUACAAACGCUGUUUGUCGCUGCGUAGCCGACCCCAAGAAUUCCCCAGUG